AUGGACGUCCAAUCGCAUGGUCCGCACCUGCCGGAUAUGGUAGUCCCGCUGCGCCCCGAUGCCGGCGCGCCGGUUCGCUCUUUUCACCUCUCCUCUUCGAGCCACAAAUUGCCCCGAGGCGACCUCCUGCGGGCGGAUCGCCGAACGGCACGCUGUCUUCUAGACUCGCAGCGAGCGGGGCAGGGGGCGGAUGCAACGAGGCGGGCCCCAGACUGCCCCACCCCAGGUCUAGCUCGUUCGAGUCUGACGUCCGUCGCUUUCGCGGAUUCGGAUGCGCUUGCGCUUGCGAGCGGCGGGCGGGUCCAGGCAGGCAUGGAACGGGAAUGGGGCCGAUGGCGGGCGCUUGGGGGCUCAGGAUCGCGCGGCAUUGGCGAAGCCGAGGUCGUGCCGUGGGGGCUCUCAGCUGCUGGCGUCGUGGAUGAGCGUGUCGCUUGCAUGGGAUGGGCGGGUGGAUGGACGUCCGCGGCGUUCCAGGCCCUGCACUUGGGGACGGGUCUGCGUUUAUCUUUUGAGAGGAGCUGUGUGUCCGGGUGCGGGUUCUGGCGCUCUGGCGCUGUUGUUGGCGCUGUUGCUUCAGGCUUUUUGACUCGACAGGUUGGUGGAGGGGCUAGACCACGGCUGCCCCGACACUGGGCUGGCACAGCCGAGCUGCUAUCGGGCUUGGUAUCCUCGCGUGCCAGCGCGUGUCCCGUGAAAUCAGACUCAGAACCAAGGCGACAUCUGGCGCCUUGUCGGCCCACGCGGGCCUAUCUGAUCUGUCCAUCCCACCUAUCCAUCAACAUCGUCAGGGGUGGCGGCGACGCCGGCCCCGACAUAUACAAAUAUUGCCACUUGCAAGGCGAUGCUUGGCAAUACUUACCUGCGACUGUAGAUUGUUCGCCGUCCAUGCAAAGUGCUGCCGUGCGAGGCGACGAUACCGACGGUCGCUCUGCGCGGGCCUGCGCUGCGAGUUCAUACCACGACUGGUCCCUGGAAAACAUCAAAUAUGUCAAAUCCGAAGAGAUCAGUGUCGAGAGGGCAUGCAUACUGCAACAGUCGAUGGGCCAAUCCCCUGUGUUGGUCAAUGAAGUUCACGUGUACCCACCUCGAUCGGCAUGUCUCGGAUGGUGGGGGGACGCUCAAGUUGGAGAAUGA